GUAAAUGGCCGAUAUCAUCGAGCGGAUUCGGUCUCAGGACGAGUAUCGGGAGUUUUAUGAGUUGGCCACCAAAAUUCGCAAUCAAAAAUUGCUUACGGACGCUGAGCUCCACUCUCUGAACAGACACCAACAAGAAGUAUCGGAUAACGAAAUUAAGUUGCUCACCGAGGCAUGGAGAAGCUCCUACUGGAAUAACGUUGGACGUCAGCUCAAAAACCAGGCACUCGAGCCAACAAUUGCAUGCAGGCUUCUCAAAGAGAUUAGUGAAACUGAAGCUCUCCCAGCAUACAAGCACGUCGGGCAUCACUUUUCCACUCUUGACCAAUUGCUGACAAUAUUGUACAAUGAGCCCCAGUCGGUCGCCGAACUAUUGAAUAGCAUUGACAGAAAUGAUAUUACAUCAAACGACUCCACAAUUCAAGUACUCUUCCACCUCGUCUACUCGUGCGCUCUGUACCCAGAGGAUGAGCUCAAGAUUGCACAAGUUGUGUGUAAUCUUUUGAAGCUUCAACUAUACAGAUCUGGCAGUGAGAUGAGGACAAUUCUGCGGAAGGAAACUUCCAUAUCAACGAGAUUCUACAAGCAUUUUGUAGAACUAAUACAUCCGACAAUGGUAUAUCUAACAAAAGCUUUGAGGAAAGGGGUUUUGGAUGUUAUUCAGUUGGGCAGCUUUUGGUUGGAUAUCGAUGCAAAACAGUCCACGGCUCGGUUCUUACGUGAUAACAAGCAGAAUGAGGAUCGCCUACCCGAAUACAGAGCUCUCGUUGUUUCCAAGCUAGUCGAUUUUGUUGACACUUUUCUGGAAAAUAUCUCGAAAGCUCUGCCAAUGCUUCCACCAAAUUUGAAUUGGAUCAUUCGAGACAUAUUCUGCUCGCUGUACGAGGUGGUCGAUGAUGUGUCAGCUAUUGAGCUGAGUCAUGCUUGCAAGGAUAUGAUUGUUUCAAACCUCAUUUGCCCGGCAAUCAUCAGUCCGCAAAAGUUUGGAGUUGUGGAUAAUGAUGUCAGAGUUGGGACAAUUGUAAACCAUAACUUGGUUCAAAUCGCGAUGAUUAUCCAAAUGAUUUCAUUGAGGGAGUUUGAAUCGCCGCCGGAAGAGUACAAAGAGUUUUUGAGCCAGUGUCGGAACACACAUCUCAUAUCAGAAAUGAUGGAUGCUUUACUUGUGGAGAAACUUGCUCCCGACGUUGAGAUCACGUCGCUUAUCGCGAACGGGACUGCUGAAUCGGAUAUGGCUACGAAAUCGAGUUUUGUUGGAACUGUGGCGGAUGUUAACGUUUUGAUUAAAAUUAUUCGUAAUGCACCAUCAACUUCUGACGCGAAGCUCUCAAGAAUUUUAUCAGUAUGCGACAAGCUUCCCGCCACAAUCAGCUCCACCACUCAAAAGUCACACUUUGACAACCUAGAGGCUUCACCAAAAAUAUCAACACUUCGUAAUAUUCAUCGAAAAGUUCAACACUCAUUCAAACGAACCGGUGACUCUUUCAACGAUAUCAAUGAGCUCGGAGCAAAACAGGGAGAAGCACUAGCUUUUGGAAAAGAGAACUUUGAUUUGUUCUACUUAGAGUAUAGCCCCAAAAACUACAAAGACGUUGCGGAAGCUGAUCGUCUAAAAAAGAAGGCCGAGGAAAGGAGACAGUUGGCUGAUUUGGAGAAGCUUCUGGAGCCAACUCCAGCACCGAAGGAGACUCCAGUGGAAAACAAUCUUAUUGACUUUUCGUCUGGUUCAGCUGAAACUAACAGCGAACAUCUCAGUGACUCAACAUCAGUGUCCCCCGAGCCUCUCACAUCUACAGAAGAACUUCAGAUUGGUGAUCAAGGAGUUGGUGGCGAGCAACGAGGAAAACUUGCUAAACUGAAAAGUUUGAGCGAUAGGAUGAAGAAGGGAAUCACACAAUCCAACACCCUAUCCGACAUCCGUGAGCACCUCCGUCGUUCGGGAUCAUUUGUAAAACCACCUCCGUCAGGCAUCCCCACUAGCAGCAGUGAGCAAAACCUACCAGACGUUGCUACAGGUCCACGUGACGAUAUUCUGGCUAAGUACGCGUCGAUAUCAUCGAUUAAAGAGCAAAAACCAGCGCUCGGGAAUCUAAUUGAUGGCACUGCCUCUGCCUCAUCGACUCCGAGAAAAGAGCCACUGGAGCCGUAUUAUUCGUCUGAAAAUCUGGUUGGUUGUCGGGCUUUUCAAGACACCCUUCGAAAAAUGAUCACAGUUCUCGGGAACAUUUCCUACUUGCCAAGGAUCGGGUAUCGCAACGAGACAAAGCAAAAUGAGUGGGACAAGAAAGUGCUGCUUGGGAGGUUUUUGGAUGGAGUCCUCGUGGAAACUGAGCACAGGAGAGAGUACGGGCUUGCGGCUCAGUUGAGAGAAGUCAAGCGAUGCAUCGAACUCUUUGAGCACGCUGGCGUUGAAAUCCUCAUGGACCAUUUGAAAUUGAAUGAAGCUGAGCAGGACAAAAUCGUAAAUGGAAUGCGUGAGGAACGUGCUUCACUAAUGAGAAAAUCGAAUGAUAUCUCUUCGUUGGAGCAAAGAGUUUUGUUAAACCGCCGGCUCACCGAGCAAAUCCUCGUUGAUUUCCUCAUGCGCACUUUUCUGGAAACGGGCUUCAACAACAAGCACACAGUUGGCAAAACUCAGGAAGUGACGGCCGUGCUCAAGUUUUACGACGAAUUCAAAUACCUUCGAGCUCAGGAUGAACGUGCCGAGUUUUUGAAGAAUCUACUCACAUUUUUGAGGGAUCGCUUGAUGCAAAACGUGGAUUGGAAUUUUGCCACGGAUACAAUGAUGUCGCGAGCCAUGACAACCAUCGAGCGUUAUGUGAUUUUUGCGGUUUAUGAUAACGCAUUCUACCCGAAUAGAGAUGCGGAUCAUCACAGAGACAAGUUGCUCCGUGGAACCAUCGCCAAAGUUUCUGACGUAGUCACGCCGGUCAACGACUUUUUGAAAAUUCCAGAACACCUCCACGGUGAAGCUCCCUGGCCGUCUGCUCAGGCGGAACUCUCAAUGCUGGAUAUUUAUGUGACUGCUCAGGACAAGCUCAACUGUGUGGUCCGAUGCUGUGACGUCAUCAACAACCUGGUGGCGUUGUCUUCGAAAAACGCGGUCGCAUCCGCAGAUGACCUCACACCGGUUCUAGUUUUUGUGAUUAUUAAGGCGAAUCCACGUGCUCUUCUGUCUAACGUGCAAUUUGUUGAAACCUUUGCCGGUGACCGCAUCGAGUCGGGACGUGAUGCUUACUACUGGGUCAACUUCAAGUCGGCUGUUGAAUAUAUCAAGACAAUUCUGUGAUUGUAUAUUUUGAACCAAAUUAUUUUUUUUUGAAUAUAUUUUAUGGGAACACUUUCGUUCCGCAGCAAACUCAGUUUUUAUUGUUAUGUGUAUACUUAUUUAUUACAGCUAAUUGCGAAGAAUGAAUGUUUGUAGAUG